CCGUCAGAGAACUCCUUGUAGGAAUUUUUGCAGUUCAAAGAAAUUUUUUACUCAUUUUGCAUUUUUUGGCACAUGAGAACAUAUAGUAGAUAGAGAAAAAAAUUGAACAGCAAACAUACACCUGGAAGAUAAAAUAUACAAUUAAGUCAAAGUAGCUGAAAUCGACUCCUUAUUUGAGUUAUUGCCUUAAAAAAGUUUUUGCCCAAUUUUAGUGUUUUUAUCUAAUAUCUCGAAAUCGGCUAUAGAUAGAUUGAAUCUUUCAAUUGGAAAAAAGAUCAGCGACAGAAACAAAUCAAAUGACUCCUGACAGGAAUUGUUGUCAGUUUUAUACUAAUAAUGUCAGGCUAGCGAUACAGAUUCUGUGGAGCCUUAAGUUUGUGAAUUCACACGAAUAUCAUAUAUAUAUAUAUUACGUGUUUAUACUAGAUUUUCUGUAUAAUCUCAUCAAUCAACAUUGAAGCCUAAAUAUAUAUAUAUGUUCUUGUAACCCACUUCAGAAUUGAAAGAAAAGUUCUCACUAUAAAUACGUUAGUGUUCAAGUUUGUUCUAUUUACUUGUGAAGCGAUGGCCUAUAUAAUUCUUUCUAGAUGUGUCAGUUGAGGUUAUUCCGAAGAACACUGGCAUCAUUAAAUGCGUUCCGAAUAGUAAAGUUCAACCAAUCAGCGGAAUUUUAAUUUUGACCAUAUUUAUUUUUGAUGCAGAUUUUUGCAUACUAAAAUGGAAAUAUUAGUAAAAUAGAAAGCUUUUAGUAGAUAUAAAACAGGAAAUAAGGAACUCUUUUAUCAAAAGAAGGGUUGGAUCGGGGUUCUGUGUAUUCACAUGAUUUGUAUUUCACUCUCUACUCUUGAAACAUGUGGUGGUAUUUUCCGACCCAAAUGGUUACCACAAACUUUAUUUCUAUACAUAGUAUAGUAAACAUGUAUGCAGCUCUACAUCGGCCAGAAUCGAGGCAAAAUUUUACUAAAUUCAAUAGAGACUACCAACAGUGUGCCUUUGGAAUAAUUCGUGUGUUAUCCUCUUGAUUUUGAUUUAUAUCUACUUUAUUUGUUGGUUCGGUAUUAUUUACCUGUUAUUAGUUGUUGUAUAUAAAAGAAUGACUGUAGCUGAAAAGUCAUAAUAAACCACGAAAAAUGUGAAACUUGAAAAAUGUCCGUUUUUCAACUUUCAAUUCUUCAUACAAAUAUAAAACUUAAAUGCUUUCAGCAUCAACAAGUACACUUCCCACAACAAAUCCAGAUAGAUUGAUCUGUAACAAGAUUUUUACCAUCAACAAUGAAACAUCAGGACAUAUUGAUACAUCAGAACUUAGUCAAACGUUUGACUUCCAAUGCCAGUGGUAUAUUGAAGCUCCGAUUAAUAAUAGAAUCCUGUUCCAGUUUACCUACCUUACCCUGAACGAAGAUAUGUUGUGUUCACAUGAUUCUCUAAUAAUAUUGGACGGACGGAAUUCCAGUAACAAGUAUGGUCCAUUUUGUGGACAAACUAUACCUCCUGAUAUAGUAACUAGUGAUCGCUUCGCAAAGAUAAUAUACCAACUGGAUCCUAUUAAUGGAACUAGUGGAUUUCAUCUUCAGUUUUCUGCUAUAGAAAUUCCCAAGCCUACAACUACAAGGUCCAGUCCCGGAAUUAACUGUUCCCACGAUAUAUAUUAUCAAAACCCCGGUUUCAUUAUUUCACCGAAUUUUGGUAACGGAAACUACUUUACUAGACUGCAUUGUGUUUGGAGGAUAUUUGCUCCAAAGGGAUACGUAAUACGACUUCACUUUCUCCAGUUUGACAUUGAAUAUGAAUCAGAUUGUCUGUAUGAUGCACUUACAAUAACAAAUGAGAACAGUAUUAAUACUUUUUGCGGUCAAACUAACCCAAAGGACAUUUUAUCAAAGACGAAUACUAUAAUGCUGACUUUUGUAACCGACCAUAACAUGUCAGGAAAAGGAUUUAACAUUUCUUACACAACAGAAAACCAGACAGAAAUUGAUAUAAAUAAAGAGAUCGAGGAACAGUGCAGGAAUGGAACAAUGAUGUUUAAUAAUAAUACACACGGGGAAUUAUUGUCACCAGGUUAUGUACUUCAAGUGAACUAUCCUGUAAACAUAAAUUGUUCCUGGAUUAUAACUGCUCCUCUUGGAAAAGUUAUCACACUUACAUUCAACGACUUUCAUAUUGAAGGCGGCAAAAGGGAGAGCAUUUGUUCUUACGACUCGUUGUCAAUAUUCAACAGGGUCGGCAGUAUGACCACGUUAAUCAGAACAUUGUGUGGAUGGAAUUUCCCGAACAAACUAACUUCGACCAGUAACCAGUUGAUUGUAACAUUCUACAGUGACAGUACUAAAACAUUAUCAGGAUUCAACAUAACCUAUGAUGUACAUGAACCUAUUCUGCCAUGUUUGUCAUCCGAGUUCAGGUGUGGCGUUGGGGAUUGCAUCAAUUCUUCAUUGAUUUGUAACAAUAUAGCUGAUUGUAGAGAUGGGACCGAUGAAAUCGUCUGUAGUUCAGACCACAUAUUUUGUGGUAGCCCAUCCAUUCCACCAGCAAACGUAAGUUUCAAAAUCGUCGGCGGAGAAAAAGCUAGACCUGGUAGUUGGCCAUGGCAGGUCUCCCUUCAAUAUAAGGGUGUUCCUAUGUGUGGAGGCAGUCUUAUACAUCCAGAAUGGAUUGUUACAGCAUCACAUUGCUUUGAGGGAAUCGAAAGUGACAGAUCGACAAAGCAUUGGAUGGCACAUUUAGGCGUGCAUGACAUAAACAAAAACGACAUCGGUUCAGUACAAGCAUCUAUAAAAUCAAUAAUAGUACAUGAAGGAUUUGAUUUAUCUACCACUGAUAAUGACAUUGCUUUGGUGAAACUACAAGACCUUCUUACACUGAAUGAUAUAAUAGAUACUGUAUGUCUUCCAAAGUUAACAGUCAAAACGGGAACUAUAUGUUAUGUAACUGGAUUUGGACAAGUAAUGGAAUCUUGCUGUCCUGAUGUUUUGAAGCAAGCUAUGGUUCAAAUUGACGAUUUAUACCAGUGUAAUCAAACGUCACAUUUACAUGGACAAAUUACGAAGAACAUGAUUUGUGCUGGAAAUGGUGAAAAUGAUGCCUGCAAAGGAGAUAGUGGUGGGCCACUUGUAUGCCAAGAUGAUAACGGUAAAUGGGAACUUUCUGGUGUAACAUCAUUUGGUUUUCAAUGUGGUGUUCCAGAUACACCUGGAGUGUAUACUUCCGUUAGAAACUAUGUUAAAUGGAUACAGCAGACAAUUGCGGAAUAUUCUUAAUACAUCCUUGUUGUUACUAAAUUUGUUUCAACAUUUACAAGUCAUUUUAUCGCUGUUCUUUCACAUGUAUGUGGAUUGCUACGUUUGUUUCUAUAUGGAUACUUUUAAAUUCAUCAUGAACUAUUUAUUUGCAAUGACAUGUGCCUCUUUUUAAUCUCAAAAUUGAUAAAUGCUCCUUUUCUAUAGACAUUUUUUAAGCAUUAUUAUUAUUCUUGUUAUUCAUUUUAUAAUAAUAACAUAAACGGUACCAAUUUUUCUGCACCAA